CAACCGGCUUUUCCUUUUCCCACGGCGCGAGGCCAUCACGUCCCGAGGGCACGCACACCAGGCCCUAGAGCUCCUCCUCUCCCCUCCCCACCCCGUCCUCGGCCCCGGAGGAGGGAGGGGCCGGGAGAAGAGAACCGGGUGACACCGCGCUAUCCCUCCCCCACCCCACACAGAGCCAAGGCGCGCGCGCCCCCGGCAGGAGCCUGCAUAUUAAUGAAUGGGGGGGAAAGAGAGCCUCAGCCUCGUGCCCGCGCGUGCCGGGGGGACGCAAUUAUGAGGUGGCUGUGACGCACAUUCCGGGGUUCUUAAGGGGCUGCGGCGGCAGCGCCGGAGCCGGUAUCGGGAGGAGUAGGAGGAGGAGGAGGUGGCUGUAAGGGGGGGAGGGAGGGGGUAAAGACGGUCAACCCCGCUCACUUACAGUGUGUCUCACUGACCUCCCCCCCUCUCCUCCUCCCUCCAACACACACUCCCCAAACCCAGUCCUAGUGGCAGCUCCGUUCCUGUCCCAGGUUUCCUAGGUGGGGCAGGCGAAAGGAAGGGGGGGGCGGUCUAUCUCGGCCCUGGUGCAGAUCGCCCCCUCUCUUCCCCAUUCCCUUCUUCCCCCGUGGCUGUACCUGAUAAAUGGGGGAUUACGGAUUCGGGUUACUGCAAACUGCCCCGCUCCGAAGCAGCAGCCCCGGUCCCUCGUUCAGCGGCGGAGCUUACCUACCCUACCCGCCAAUCCAAGCCCGUGCCGCCCCCCAGCUCUCCUCUUCCUUGCCCUUCGGCCCCCUCUCGCAUCCACCGUUGCCUGUCACCGGUUUCUCCCCGGCCUCGACCCCCUCCCAGUUCUCCAUCCCCACUAGCAGCGGUGGCGGCUGCAGCACCAGCAGCUCCGCCACCGCCUCUUCCUCCUGUCCUCUGUUCCUGGCUGCGGCCGCCGCAGCGCACAACCAUACCAUGCAAGAUGAGCUGCUGCUGGGGCUGACACAGCCGCAGCAGCAGCAGCAUCUCUCAGGGUCAGGGCUCCCCGAAAAACUCUCCAACCACCAUCCCAUCGGCAGCACGAAAGCGGGUGCGACCCACCUCCUCCCCUCCCAGGACUUCAAACCGAGUCUGCACCACCCCUCCUCCUCCUCCUCCUCCUCCUCCACUACCUCCUCCCCCCAGGACUUCAGCAAGCAGCAGCAGCAGCUGAGCAGCCAGAAGAGGAAAGAGUUCAACCCCCCCCACCCUCCCCACCCUCAGGACUUGAAGCAGCAGCCGCCGCCGCUCAACACCCCCGACCAGUACAUCUCACAGCAGCAGCAACAACAGCAGCUCCACCAGCUCCAACAGGAGCAGCUCCAGAAACAGCAACAGCAGCAGUUCAGCCACCCGCACCACCCGCACCACCACCACCACCACCACCACCCACCGGACUUCCACCACUCCAAGCAGCCACCGGGAGACUACCAUCCCCUCCCCCAGCACUACCAGCCCCAGCUUCAGCCCUCGCCGCCCCAAACCCAGCACCACCACCACGGGGGGGUGGACAGUCUUCGGAAGAUCCCGGUGGCGACAGCAGCGACCGCAGCGGCAGCCGGCGAGGGGACUGUCGCUGAGUCCCCCAAUGUGGGCUUGGUCCCCUCGACGCCGUCUGUGAAUCCCCUGCCGGGCUUAAAGCUGCCCCCGUCGAUGGAGUCCCCCAACCACCCCUUGCUCAACAGCCCCAGUAACCUCCUGCCAGGCGCGGGGCUCGGGGCCGGCGGCGGUUUCAGCAGUCUGCAGAGCCCGGACCUGCCUCACCCAGGCGGCGGCGGAGGGGGCGGGGGCCCCCCGGCAGCAGGAGGAGGAGGCUCCGCUUCGCCGCCGCCGCUGCCGGGCUUCGGCACCCCCUGGUCGGUGCAGACCUCGUCGCCGCCGCCGCCGCAGCCCCAGCAGCAGCAGCAGCAGCCGCCGCCCCAGCCCCCGCAACCGCCGCCGCCGCCCCAGCCCCCGCAGCCGCCCCAGCCUCCGCAGCAGCAGCCUCCGCCGCCGCCGCAGCAGCAGCAGCAGCCGCCGCCGCAGCCGCCGCCGCCGCCGGGCUCCUCGGCCGCCACCCCGGGCGGCGGCGGCGGCGGCGGCUGCGGCGGCCCAAUCAGCGCCAUGCCGCCGCCCAAUCCGGAGACGGACAACAGUUUCUACCCGGGGAUUCCGUCGUCGAUCAACCCAGCUUUCUUCCAGAGCUUCUCGCCCGUGUCUCCGCACAACCCCUGCGCCGGCAUGAGCGUGCCGGGCGGCGGCGGCAGCGGCGGCGGCGGCUUCGGCAGCCCUUUCUCGGCGGCUGCCGUGCCCCCGCCCCCGCCGGCCAUGAAUUUACCUCAGCAGCCGCCGCCGGCCCCGCAGCCGCAGCCCGCGCCCCCGGCCCCGCAGCCGCCGCCGCCUUCGAGCCGGCGGUCGCCUGUCAGUCCGCAGCUCCAGCAGCACCAGGCUGCCGCCGCCGCCUUCCUGCAGCAGAGGAACUCGUACAACCACCACCAGCCUCUUCUGAAGCAGUCUCCCUGGAGCAACCAUCAGAGCAGUGGUUGGAGCACAGGAAGUAUGUCGUGGGGAGCAAUGCAUGGCAGAGAUCAUCGUAGAACUGGAAAUAUGGGAAUUCCAGGAACUAUGAAUCAGAUUUCUCCUUUGAAGAAACCAUUUUCUGGUAAUGUCAUAGCCCCACCAAAAUUUACUCGAUCUACUCCAUCCCUGACACCUAAAUCAUGGAUUGAAGAUAAUGUGUUCAGAACAGACAACAACAGUAAUACUCUCUUACCCUUACAGGUGAGAUCUAGUUUGCAGUUGCCAGCUUGGGGCUCAGAUUCACUCCAAGAUAGUUGGUGCACUGCAGCCGGAACAUCCAGAAUAGACCAGGAUCGAAGUCGAAUGUAUGACAGUUUGAACAUGCACUCAUUGGAAAACUCCCUCAUUGAUAUUAUGAGAGCAGAGCAUGAUCCUCUUAAAGGUCGAUUGAGCUAUCCUCAUCCAGGGACUGACAAUCUUUUGAUGUUAAAUGGAUCCCUGAUUUUCAUUAAUGUAGAUGAUUACUCCAGUGAUAAAGGUUGCAGCUCCUUCAUACCUUACAUGGUCUUUGAACUGCUGAAGCCAAAAAAGUUACAUCACCUAAUGGUCACCCUUAUGAUGAUAGCGAGGAGUUAUGGGCGAAGACGAGGCCGUUCGUCCCUCUUCCCAAUAGAUGAUGGCUUGCUGGAUGAUGGCCACAAUGACCAAGUUGGUGUCUUAAAUUCACCCACAUGCUACUCAGCUCAUCAGAAUGGAGAGAGGAUAGAACGUUUUUCUCGGAAAGUUUUUGUUGGUGGUCUUCCUCCUGAUAUUGAUGAAGAUGAAAUUACUGCUAGUUUCAGACGAUUUGGGCCUCUGGUAGUAGACUGGCCUCACAAAGCAGAAAGCAAAUCCUACUUCCCACCAAAAGGUUAUGCAUUCCUUCUCUUCCAAGAGGAGACCUCUGUUCAAGCACUGAUUGAUGCUUGUAUUGAAGAAGAUGGAAAGCUAUAUCUGUGUGUUUCUAGCCCUACUAUCAAGGACAAACCAGUUCAGAUCCGUCCCUGGAAUCUAAGUGAUAGUGACUUUGUGAUGGAUGGGUCACAACCCCUUGAUCCUCGAAAAACAAUUUUUGUUGGAGGUGUCCCUAGGCCAUUGAGAGCAGUGGAACUCGCAAUGAUAAUGGACCGGCUGUAUGGUGGCGUAUGUUAUGCAGGAAUUGAUACAGAUCCAGAGCUGAAGUACCCAAAAGGUGCUGGGCGUGUUGCUUUUUCCAAUCAGCAGAGUUAUAUUGCUGCCAUUAGCGCUCGGUUUGUUCAACUUCAACAUGGCGAUAUUGACAAACGAGUGGAGGUAAAGCCAUAUGUAUUGGAUGACCAGAUGUGUGAUGAAUGCCAGGGUGCACGCUGUGGUGGAAAGUUCGCCCCUUUCUUUUGUGCCAAUGUCACUUGCCUGCAGUAUUAUUGUGAGUUUUGCUGGGCGAACAUCCACUCUCGUGCAGGACGUGAAUUCCAUAAGCCAUUGGUCAAGGAAGGCGCUGACCGCCCACGUCAGAUCCACUUCCGCUGGAACUAAGUAUAGUGAACCAGCCUCUGUUUAAGGAAAGAUGGGUGCAUGUGUCUUACUGUGUUUGAAGAUACUGACGUGCAGAAGAAAUAAGUGCAUUCUUCUGCUUUUCACCCCAGCUAUCAAUACAUGCAUCUUUAUCAGCAGCCAAAACACUACAAGCCUCUUGUUUUUCACCAAAACCCUACAUCUCAGGCUUACUAAUUUUUGUGAUAUUUUCAUGUUAAAAUAAAAUGUUUUUUUGUAUUUUCUCCAAGUUAUUUUUAUAUGUAAAGUUAAAACUAGGUAUGAGAAUGUUUUUUGCAUAGGGGCACACAGUCUGCUGCUAUAUUUAGUGGGUGAAGCGUGCACUUAUUUCUAAACAUGGGUUUUUAACUUCAAGAUCUGCCCCAGUAAUUUACCAAAGGUAGCAAAAUAAUAGUGAAGAUGGAAUAUGUCUGCUACAAAAAGCUUAUUUUUAUUGUUGCUAUUUUCAGUGUAUACAUAAACUAAAAAAAUUAGGGUUGAUUUUUGCUCUCCAUUUUGACUUGCAAGAAAUAAUACCUCAAGAUAAUCUGAUUUAUUAGCUAUUUUUAAACAUUUUUAAUCACAAGCUGUAUUAGCUUUGCUGCUAUAUAGGUGUUAUGUGUAAUGCCACCUAUUAAUACGGGAUUGAAAACGUUUAAGACAUACUGCAUUGCAGAUGAAAUGCAGGCAGCACAAUAUGGCCUAAACUGCCAUAGUUUUAGAAUGUGAAGAAAAAUUGCAUGUUUACUUACCUGUAUACACCAUAUGCAUGCACUAGAAUUAUUUACUAACCAGAGGUGAGUUAUUGCAAAUGUUCAGGAAUAAAAAAAAAGAGCUCUCUUGAAUCUAGGUAGCAUGAGCAAAUUAUAAAAUUUGUUCCAAAAAAAAAAAUAAACAACAAACUUGCAUGCAUUAUUGUGACUCAAGUUUUUAAAAAUGUCCUAAAU